AUGGAUAAAAAACAAAAACAAUUUGAUAAAUUAAUUAAUGAAUGGAAACAAAAAUGUGAAGAUAUAACUGUUGAACUUGAAACGUCACAAAAAGAAGAAGCAAGACAUUUUUCAACAGAAUUAUUUAAACUUAUAACACAAUAUGAAGAAUCACAUGAACAAAUUGAAGCACUUCGAAAAGAAAAUAGAAAUUUACCUGAUGAAAUUAAAGAUCUUAUUGAUCAAUUAAGUGAAGGUGGAAAAUCAGUUCAUGAAUUAGAAAAAUCUCGUAAACGUGCUGAAUUAGAAAAAGAAGAAUUACAAGCUGUAUUAGAAGAUGCUGAAGCAACACUUGAACAAGAAGAAGCUAAAGUUCUUCGAGCUCAAAUGGAAUUAAGUACAAAAAAGAAACUUGAAUCAGAUAUUAAUGAUCUUGAAGUUGCAGUUGAUCAUGCAAAUCGUACAAAUGCUGAUUUACAAAAAACAUUAAAAAGAAUUCAACAAAAUAUUACUGAAUUACAAACACAAAUUGAAGAAGAACAAAGACAACGUGAUGAAGCAUGUGAAGCAGCUGCUGUAGCUGAACGUCGUGUUAAUCUUAUAACUGGUGAACUUGAAGAAUUACGUACAGCUUUAGAACAAGCUGAACAUGCACGUAAACCAGCUGAAAAUGAAUUACAUGAUGCAGUUGAUCGUAUUAGUGAUAUAAGUACACAAAAUGCUAAUUUAUUUUCACAACGACGACAACUUGAAUCAACUAUUGCUGCUAUGCAAGCUAAUUUAGAUGAAGCUGUUAGUGAACUUAAAAAUAACAAAGAACGUGCUAAGAAAGCAAGUGCUGAUGCUUCACGUCUUGUUGAAGAAUUACGGCAAGAACAAGAUCAUGCUUUACAAGUUGAACGAUUACGUAAAGGUCUUGAACAACAGGUUAAAGAUCUUCAAACAUGUCUUGAUGAAGCUGAAGCUAAUUCACUUAAAGGUGGAAAACGUGUUAUUGCUAAACUUGAACAACGUAUACAUGAAUUAGAGAAUGAAAAUGAAUUAGAACAACAUCGUCAUCAGGAAACAUUGAAAGAAUUACGUAGAAAUGAUCGUCGUUUGAAAGAACUUGCAUUUCAAACACAAGAAGAUCGUAAAAAUCAAUUACGUUUACAAGAUCUUACUGAAAAAUUACUUAGGGAUCUUAUUGCUCAAUUAAGUGAUGGUGGAAAAUCAGUUCAUGAAUUAGAAAAAGCUCGUAAACGUGCUGAAUUAGAAAAAGAAGAAUUACAAGCUGCAUUAGAAGAUGCUGAAACAACACUUGAACAAGAAGAAGCUAAAGUACUUCGUGUUCAAAUGGAAUUAAGUAUUGUUCGACAAGAAAUCGAUCGACGACUUCAUGAAAAAGAAGAAGAAUUCGAAAAUACAAGACGUAAUCAUCAACGUUCACUUGAAUCAAUGCAAGCUAGUUUAGAAGCUGAAUCACGAUCAAAAGCUGAAGCACUUAAACAAAAAAAGAAACUUGAAUCAGAUAUCAAUGAACUUGAAGUUGCACUUGAUCAUGCUAAUCGUACAAAUGCUGAUUUACAAAAAACAUUAAAACGACUUCAAGUAACUGUUACUGAAUUACAAACACAAAUUGAAGACGAACAACGACAACGCGAUGAAGCUCGUGAAGCAGCUGCUGCAGCUGAACGUCGUGCUAAUGUUCUAAUCAGUGAACUUGAAGAAUUACGUACAGCUUUAGAACAAGCUGAACGUGCACGUAAAGCAGCUGAAAAUGAAUUACACGAUGCAGCUGAUCGUAUUAGUGAUGUAAGCACACAAAAUGCUAAUUUGUCUUCACAACGACGACAACUUGAAUCAACAAUUGCUGCUAUGCAAACUGAUUUAGAUGAAGCUGUUAAUGAACUUAAAGCUAGUGAAGAACGAGCUAAGAAAGCUACUGGUGAUGCUUCACGUCUUAUCGAAGAAUUACGUCAAGAACAAGAACAUGCUUUACAAGUUGAACGUUUACGUAAAGGUCUCGAACAACAAAUUAAAGAUCUUCAAACACGUCUUGAUGAAUCUGAAGCUAAUUCACUUAAAGGUGGAAAACGUGUUAUUGCUAAACUUGAACAACGUAUUCAUGAAUUAGAAACUGAAAAUGAAUUAGAACAAAGUCGUCAUCAAGAAACACUCAAGGAAUUACGUAAAAAUGAUCGACGUUUGAAAGAACUUGCAUUUCAAACUGAAGAAGAUCGUAAGAAUCAAUUACGUUUACAAGAUCUUACUGAAAAAUUACAAUCAAAAGUUAAAGUCUAUAAACGUCAAGUCGAAGAAGCUGAGGAAAUUGCUGCAAUGAAUUUAACUAAAUUUCGUAAAAUUCAAACAGAACUUGAAGAAUCAGCUGAACGUGCUAAUUUAGCUGAAAAUCAACUUGGAAAAUUUCGCGCCAAGAGUCGAUCAUCUGUUAGCGUCAGUCGUACCUCUGAAGUUCAUGAAUCAAGUGUAGCCAUCCGUGCUAGUUCAGUUCGUCAACGUUAA